UGUUCUUCUGACUAUGACAAAGAAAAGUACAUUGAUUGACCGCAGCGGAUCCGGUGUCUGGAGCUUGGGAUUCCUAUCUCUACUCCAAUCCAUGAAAACCGUGAUAGCGACAAAAUUCUGAACCUCCUCUGCAAUCUCCUCCGUCCAUUGUCUGCAACAUCCACUGAUAAAGUCACUCGGAAGAAGUUAGCUUUGUUGUCGUAGGAGAGCAGAGCACUGGGAAUCGUUUUCCCCGGAAUUGGGUUUGUAAGGAAGGAGAGAAAGGCGAGGGACAUGUGGGGAUUUGGGGGUAGGUACUAUUGGGGGAGGAAGGAAGGUAGAGGGAACAGGGAGGGAAUAGUUAUAGUUUUCGCGUGGAUGUCGAGUCAGGAGAGGCACUUGAAGAACUACGUUGACCUCUACUCCUCCUUGGGUUGGAAUUCCCUUGUCUGUCACCCGGAAUUUCUCAAUUCGUUUUUCCCUGAGAAGGCAGCCAGAUUAGCAUUUGACGUUCUUAAUGAAUUGGUUGAGGAUCUUAAGGUUAGGCCCUGUCCUAUCGUAUUUGCAUCAUUUUCUGGUGGCCCAAAAGCUUGCAUGUACAAAGUUCUUCAGAUAAUUGAAGCGAAGUGUGAACCACAACUGAAUCUUGAUGAUUGCCGGCUGGUUAGGGACUGUAUUUCUGGUCAUAUUUAUGAUUCUUCUCCAGUGGAUUUUACUAGUGACUUGGGUUCCCGCUUUGCUGUUCACCCAACUGUUCUCAAAAUGUCUCAUCCACCAAAAUUUGCAUCAUGGAUAGCAAACAGCAUUGCUUCUGGGCUUGAUGCUCUCUUUCUCAGCAAGUUUGAAUCACAACGUGCUGAGUAUUGGCAGACCCUGUACGCCUCUGUGAGCAUGGGGGCCCCAUACCUCAUUUUAUACUCAGAAACGGAUGAUCUUGCUCCUUAUCAGAUCAUCUGCAAUUUUGCUCAACGACUUCAACAACUUGGGGGUGAUGUGAAACUUUUGAAAAUGAAUGGCUCUCCUCAUGUAGGCCAUUACCGGCAUUAUCCAAUUGACUACAAGGCUGCUGUUACCGAGCUUCUCGGUAAGGCUGCAGCAGUUUAUUCCCAAAGAAUACGUAGACUUGAAGGUGAAAGAAUGGGAAUAGAGGGGACACAUGAUGAUGAGAUAUCUGGUCCAGUAGGUGACCUGAGGAAAGCAUCCGCGAGUCCAGACCGAAGCUUUCGUGGAGUUUAUCUUGCACCAAGUGAUCAUUUCCCAUCACCUAGCUCAAUGGAGUAUUAUGAUGGUGGAGAUGCUGGGUUUGUGCAAGAUGAACGCAAAGAAAGCCUAAUACAUUUGCCUAGCCCACCAAGCAUUAACGCACAUGGGGUUCUAGGUCAAAUCCUUUUUGAUGUUUGUGUUCCUAAAAAUGUUGAAGGUUGGGAUUUAAGGUCCUCAGCUUCCUUACAUACUCGCCAACAUAACCAGAGGCAUGUGCCAUUUAAUCCUAUCAAAUGUAUCCGCCGCUCGAGAUUAUAAAAUGCCAACUGCCAAAUCUGAUGGAGGUCAAUUGUCCGGACAUAUAGUUGAGCAAAUUGUGGACUCUGACCAUCCAUUGGAAGGAGUGAUCCAAUCAAAUGAUGAUUUUGUCCAUUUAUUGGUCUUUUUAGUCCUGUUUUUGGGACCGAGAAGGUCUGCCAAUUGUGUACCCUUCUUUAUACGACAGCUUGACUCUUCAUGAAUGUCAAUUGGAAUUUUGAA